UUAUCAUCACAGGUGACUUUCCAUCCUGCGCACCACACAAUGUUCGACAAUUCACAGUACCCUUACAACUGCUUUAAUUAUGAUGGAGAUUAUCCGUCCUGUGGCACUGAAGAGGAGAAAAAAGUGUGCAGACCUGCUUACAGUUAUAUUGCGCUAAUAGCCAUGGCAAUCCAGCAAAGUCCAGAGAACAAAGUCACCCUAUCGGGCAUCUAUGAGUUCAUCAUGAAAAGGUUUCCUUAUUACAGAUCCAACCAGAGAGCCUGGCAAAACUCCAUACGCCAUAAUCUCUCCCUCAACAGCUGCUUUAUAAAGGUACCUCGCACUGAGGGCAAUGAGAAGGGGAAAGGAAAUUACUGGACUUUUGCUACAGGCUGUGAGUCCAUGCUAGACCUCUUUGAAAACGGUAACUUUCGACGCCGUCGGCGUCGGCGACGCAACUUAAGCCUGGGCUUCAGGGAGCCGUCUGAACCCUUCAGCCCCAUGGACUCACAGCAGAAUGCCACGGUGCGGUCGCUUCAUCCUGAUUCAUUUUGUCCAGAGAGUUCAAAUCACAGAGUGGACCAGCGCAACCCUCCACUCAGCAAACCCGAGCCGGAGAUCAAAUUCAGCAUCGACUACAUUCUGUCCACACCAGACCCCUCACCAGGGUUUAGACCUCCACACGGCAGCUCUGCAGGAGCCGUGAUACAGCACUUGGAGCCUCAGCAGCUAAACUUGCACUUCUGGACCAUGUAAAUUCCACAGUCUGAAAAACUGGGAAAAAUCAAGAAACCUCACUGAACUUUUCAAAGCUGUGGUGCAAAUUAAUUGGGACAAUAAUGUGGUGAUUGUUGUAUUGAGUUCAUCUGAUUUUUCUUUAUUUUUAUUUUUAGAUCAAAUCUUUAAACACAGUGUAGGUACAAAUAAUAUGGCCUGGAUUUGCACUCAUACUAGUACAGUGGAUUAAAAAAAAAAAAAUCUGUACGUUACCAAAUGCACAGAAUUUUUUUUUUUCUCUAUACAAAAGCCGUUUCCAUCUGAAGAUUAGACAAAGUAAGUUCUGCUUUGGUUCACUAACAUAUCCUUUAAGUUAAUAAUAAUGUCCAUAUUCCUAAAGCUUUAUAAUUGUACUGACACUGACAUAUAAUUAAGAUAUUAUAUGGUCAAUUUUUUCCCCUUAGCUAAUUUUAUAUCAUUUCCAGACCUAAGCUGAAGAAACUUGGUUGCAAAACCCAGUGCAUGAUCUGGACGGUUCUGUUCAGUGUGUUUAACCUGCCUUUGGAGUGAAGCAUUCAGUAUCGCACCCCCUCUUGGAGAAAGAGUUGAAGUGCUACUGUAUGUUGUUUGCACAUUUCAGUGUGUACAUCUUUGUCUGUAUAAUUUCCCCUGACACUCACUGAUCUGUCCGACAUUUACAGAUGGACCAUCUCUCCCUUUUGCAGAUAAAAAACAAUUCAGCGUCACCCUUUCAUCAUUUUACAAGAAGGAUGUGUUCACUGAUUAUACA